AUGGUAAAUUUAAAUCAUGAUGAAAGAAAAAAUAUAUGGGUAGCUGCAAGUGAUGGUGAUUUAGAAAGAGUUAAAGAACUUGUAGAAUCAGGUAUUUCACCCAUGAUAGCAGAUGAAAAUACUUAUACACCUUUACAUGCAGCCGUUUCAUGGAACCAUCAUUCGAUACUAAACUAUUUAAUUUCAAAAGGUGGGAAUAUCAAUAUAACAGAUGAAGAUGGAGAUACUCCACUUUUUUCAGUUGAAGAUCUUGAAACUGCUAAAUAUGUGAUCGAAUUAGGUGGAAAUCCAUUUCAUAGGAAUACAUCAGGACUAACAGCAGCAGAACAUUUAGAAGAAGAGUAUCCUGAGAUUUCUCAAUACCUCCAAACUUUAACCGGAGAACCUAUCACAGGAUCAUCUAGCUCAGCAGGACAGCCGAGCGAAAGGAAUUCAGAUCCUACAAAUUUAAUGACCAGUGAUUUGUUAGAAAGAGUUAAAGAGAUCAUGACCGAUGCAGAAUCGAGAGGCGUAACAGAAAACGAUCCAGAAGUGAAUGAAAGGUUAAGACAGAUUGUCACUGAAACAGUUGAAGGAUCAGUCGGGAUCGGUAGAUUGAUCGGUAGUAAUGGAAACUCUAAUGGGUUUGAUUUGCCUCCUUCUAUGGGUGCUAAUAAUUUAGAAACUGUACUGGAAGGUGAAGAAGUGGAUGAAGAUCAAUUGAAUUUAGAUGAUAGUAAUAAAAGACCUAGACUUUGA